AAAGACUUGGACGAAAAUACUUUUGGACGUAAAGACUUGGACGAAAAGACUCUCGGACGAAAAGACCGGACACCGUGCAAUGUUAUGUAUCCGUUCAUGGAAUGUUUUAACAGAGCAAAGAUUCGUAAGUUUCUCGGAUCCAAAUACCUAGGAAAUGUUUCCCACAAGUGAAAGAGUUGAUUCUAGGAGAAGUGAUGAAUUCAGUCUUUCGUAGAUUAUUUGGAUAACAGUCGACUAUAAAUAGGCGAUGGACACUUCUGGAAUCGACCAAGUUCAAAGUUGCACAUCCAACCCAGAAAAAUGAGUCGACGUCAGUUUUUUCUGUAUGGUGAAUAAUAAUAAGUACCUCUUUCGGGACGGCAAAACCCAGAUGUUUUUUAAAACUUUAAACCUGGUCGCCUGGGAAAGGUUUAAAAACCUUUCCCAGGCCGAUCAGGUCAAAUCAAGCGAUUAAGUCAAAGAAAUGCUGUUCAAAGUCCUAAAUCGGUUCGCUAUUCACGUAAUUUCUUUGUCUUUGGAGUGUUGUUCCAAAUAAAUAUGUAUUAGGGAAAUUUCCCUCUUCAGUACCGACGAUUUCGCUUCCGGCGAUUGCGAUAUCUUUCUGCGGGAGGUUGCUUUUUAGACGUAUAAGCUCUUAUCUACUUACUUACAGUAACUUUAUCAUAUGAGUGCUUUGCCGAAGGUAUUGAUGGACUUUACGAACAUCAUGUGGUGCUCAGUUGAAGUGAUUUGCCGUUCGCACAGAAAGUGAACGACCGAAACCGUUUCCGAGUGGUCGACGUGAGAGCUAUACAAUAACAGCUUCUCUGCGACUGAUAAAAUGACCUCCGAGGUUACAGUACCGAUCGCGAGAGGAGGGAAGUGUAAGGUAAAAUCCCGAAGGAAAAAGACCAGACCUCGUGAAGUGCUUCGUCCGACCGAUGAAAAAGCAAAUUUUCAAAGGUGUACACGUCUGUUAAUAGGUGGAGGUACAGCAUUGCUGAAAGAGAAGUUUGAUCAGUUAUGUCCACCACGUGAUCUUCCGAAAGUUUUGGCCGACCCAUCAACAAAAGAAAAACUUUUGACGGAAGCAAAGCUAACAAAACCACAAUGGGAACGUCUGUACCCCUCUCGGGGUGCUGUUGCUGUAUCAGAAGAUUUUGAUAUUUCUCUACUCUUUAAAUUGCUGACUACAAUAACCAAAAUCCCCGCACCCGACCUUGGCUGGAAUAGCAAGCCGCACCGUAAAGAGGACAGCCUGGGAGCAGAUCUAGCACGAAUCAAAUACUAUCGCAAUAAGGUGUAUGGCCACGUGAACCAAGAAAUGAGUUUAGAAGAGGAUGAUUUUCAUUACUACUGGGAUAAAAUCGAAAAACCCCUAACACGAAUUGCAGGGUCCAUCAGCCGAGAAAAAAAACGAGAAUGGGAAAAAGAGAUCGAUAACUUUAAAAGUAACCCUCUUACGGCGAAUGAAGAGAGGUACGUAGAAG